AUGGUUUUGGCAACAUUUAUUUCAACCUUAUUCUUUGCAGCACUAGCUUCUAAAAUCAUUCAACAUUGGCUCAAAGGAAGGUUUCUUUCUUCGCACAAGAACAAGGAGCUUCCUCCUGGCCCGCCAAGGUGGCCAAUUGUUGGUAACCUCCUUCAAUUAGGGCAGCUUCCACAUAGAGACUUGGCAUCUUUAUGUGACAAAUAUGGACCCUUAGUUUAUCUAAAAUUGGGCAACAUAGAUGCCAUCACUACUAAUGAUCCUGAUAUCAUACGUGAAAUACUUCUGUGCCAAGAUGAUGUUUUUGCCUCUCGCCCACAUACUCUUGCCGCUGUUCAUUUAGCAUAUGGAUGUGGUGAUGUUGCCUUAGCCCCUCUAGGCCCUCAUUGGAAGCGUAUGAGAAGAAUUUGCAUGGAACACUUGUUAACAACAAAGAGGCUUGAAUCCUUUUCAAAACAUCGUGAAGAUGAAGCCCAACACCUUGUCAAGGAUGUAUUGGGUUGGGCCCAAGCAGAAAAGCCCAUUAACUUAAGGGAGGUUUUGGGUGCUUUCUCAAUGAACAAUGUGACUAGAAUGUUGUUGGGAAAACAAUAUUUUGGGUCUGAAUCUGCCGGCCCACAAGAGGCUGUGGAGUUCAUGCACAUAACCCAUGAGUUGUUUUGGUUGUUGGGUGUGAUAUAUUUAGGUGACUACUUACCAAUGUGGAGGUGGGUGGAUCCCUAUGGGUGUGAAAAGAAAAUGAGGGAAGUGGAAAAACGAGUGGAUGAUUUUCAUUCCAAAAUAAUUGAAGAGCAUAGAAAGGCUAGGAAAGAUAGGAAGGGGAUAAGAGAGGAAAGCGAUGGAGAUAUGGACUUUGUGGACAUUUUACUAUCUUUGCCAGGUGAAGAUGGAAAAGACCAUAUGGAUGAUGUAGAAAUCAAAGCUUUGAUUCAGGACAUGAUAGCUGCCGCAACAGACACUUCAGCCGUUACCAACGAAUGGGCAAUGGCAGAGGUAAUCAAACAUCCACAUGUUCUCCAGAAAAUCCAACAAGAACUUGACAGCGUAGUUGGUCCAAAUAGAAUGGUGGUAGAAUCUGAUCUGCCCCAUCUAAAUUACUUACGAUGUGUUGUACGUGAAACAUUUCGCAUGCACCCAGCAGGACCAUUCCUUAUUCCACACGAAUCACUUCGUGCGACUACCAUAAAUGGGUACCAUAUACCUGCGAAGACACGUGUCUUCAUUAACACUCAUGGUUUGGGUCGCAACACCAAGAUUUGGGACAACGUGGAGGAGUUUAGACCUGAGAGGCAUUGGACAACUAAUGGAAGUAGGGUUGAGAUUAGUCAUGGGGUUGACUUCAAGAUUCUACCUUUUAGUGCUGGAAAGCGUAAGUGUCCUGGUGCUCCCCUUGGAGUGACUUUGGUUUUGAUGGCUUUGGCCAGACUCUUUCAUUGCUUUGAUUGGACUCCACCAAGGGGUUUGAAUCCUCAAGAUAUAGACACGAGAGAAGUUUAUGGAAUGACUAUGCCCAGGGCUCAGCCCUUGAUUGCUAUUGCUAGACCACGAUUGCCAAAGCAUGUGUACAAUGGACUUUAA